ACCACCCCUUCCCCAGAAAGAAAGAAAGAAAGAAAGAAAGAAAGAAAUCCCAGGGAGUUUAGCUUAACCUGAUCUGAAAAACAAAAAAGCCUCAGCUUGCCUCGAGCUGCGUGGACCGCCAGCCCAGAUGGAAAUACACUGUAAGCACGACCCGUUUGCAGCGAUGCAUAGACAUGGAGGAGUGAAUCAGUUAGGGGGUGUUUUUGUGAAUGGUCGACCACUCCCUGACGUAGUCCGCCAAAGGAUUGUGGAACUUGCCCAUCAAGGUGUCAGACCCUGCGACAUUUCCAGGCAACUACGGGUCAGCCAUGGCUGUGUCAGCAAAAUUCUUGGCAGGUACUAUGAGACUGGAAGCAUUAAGCCUGGAGUUAUUGGGGGGUCAAAACCAAAGGUCGCCACACCCAAAGUAGUAGAAAAAAUUGCAGAAUAUAAGCGCCAAAACCCCACCAUGUUUGCCUGGGAGAUCAGGGACAGGCUUUUAGCAGAGCGAGUGUGUGACAACGACACAGUGCCCAGUGUUAGCUCAAUUAACAGGAUUAUACGGACAAAGGUACAGCAACCACCCAACCAGCAAGUCCCAGCCUCCAGUCACAGCAUAGCUUCCACGGGCUCCGUAACACAAGUGUCCUCAGUAAGCACAGACUCGGCAGGCUCUUCCUACUCCAUUAGUGGAAUUCUGGGGAUUACAUCUCCCAGUGCUGAAAGCAACAAACGCAAAAGGGAUGAAGGCAUUCAGGAAUCUCCAGUACCAAAUGGCCAUUCUCUUCCGGGUAGAGACUUCCUUCGGAAACAAAUGCGGGGAGAUCUUUUCACCCAGCAGCAGCUAGAAGUGUUGGAUCGAGUCUUUGAAAGACAGCAUUAUUCUGACAUCUUCACAACAACUGAACCCAUCAAACCAGAGCAGUCAACAGAAUACUCAGCCAUGGCAUCAUUAGCUGGUGGAUUAGAUGAUAUGAAGGCCAAUUUAACAAAUCCUACUUCAGCAGAUAUAGGAGCCAGUGUUCCAGGGCCACAAUCAUAUCCUAUUGUGACAGGUCGUGAUUUGGCAAGCACAACCCUCCCUGGAUACCCUCCGCACGUCCCCCCUGCUGGACAGGGCAGCUACUCUGCUCCAACGCUGACAGGGAUGGUGCCUGGGAGUGAGUUUUCUGGAAGUCCAUACAGCCAUCCACAGUAUUCCACAUACAAUGAUUCUUGGAGAUUUCCUAAUCCUGGAUUGCUUGGUUCUCCUUACUAUUACAGUGCUGCAGCCCGAGGAGCAGCACCCCCAGCAGCUGCAGCUGCUUAUGAUCGUCACUGACACAUGGAACCAAGAAGCACUUAUUAAACAUAUUAUGCCAGACUGGAAUCACCUAGUAUGCAACUGCAGAAAUCAGACUACAAGGAUGGAUAAGAGAAAAUAUCUCCCAUGAACCCAUGCAAUCAUUGGAAUGUUAUUAUUUCAGUUAGGUGAACUGCUUAUUACUUACUGUUCUAGUGACCUUAACUGAAUCUCCCAUAAAAGAGAGCAAACAGAAUUGUUGUUGCUGACAUUCCCUGUGGUCUGCAAAUUGCAGUAGCCAUGUCUUCGGCACAGUCUUCUUGCUUCUGGACUAACUGGCUGGUUCUCUGGUUCUCCUAGCCAUGCCAAGGGAACAGAAACAGUUCUAAAUGUUGAGCAGUCCUCCAUCAAAUGUCUCUCUUUUGUAACAGGAUGCAUGAUUCAACUGUAUGGGUUGAGGUUUAUUUUAGGGAGGGGCCAUUAAGGGAAAAAUUAGUCUGCUCAAGCAACAAAGCACCAAUGUAAAUAACUUGCUUCUUUGUGUCAAUAUGGAGUGGUUUAGCAUAAACAGCAAGAAGGAACAAAUGAGGAGUUUAAAACACUGGAAAAUGUGUUUUAAUACUGGUGCACUGACUCCAAGAAUUCAGUAAGCUUUACACUGACUCUGAACCAGGUUAACAUUCAUUGUGGCUAUUUCUGGGUCCAUUGUUCUUUCUAAAUACAUGAUCCUAAUCUGAUAGUCAUGUUGGUAUAUAUGCGCCAUAUGUUGGCAUUGAACAUGUGGCAAAUGACAGACAUGGAUAGUUAGUGAUAUUUUAACUGCUGAAUAUUAAUUUAUGCUUAUUUGCAAUCAAAAUUAGCACUGGUACACAACU